ACGAUGAAAGAACAGCCAAUCAGAGUGAGGAAGGCGGGAUUUUUUUUAGAAACACGGGCUGGAAGAACGCCAUAAGGACUUCCACUACUUCCGUUUUAAGAUGGCGGCCUCCGUCAAGAAAUCUGUUGCGGUCGAAGAUGUCAAUGUCACAUUUGAAGACCAGCAGAAGAUUAACAAGUUUGCUAGAAGCACAAAUCGCAUGACCGAGUUCAAGGAUGAAAUAGAAGCCAAAAAAAAAUCUUUACAGAAUUUAGAGGAUGCGAGUGAUGACCUCAUGAUGCUGGAAGACGACGAUCUCCUGAUCCCGUAUCAUAUCGGAGAUGUUUUCAUCAGCCACACGCAGGAGGAGACGCAGGAGAUGCUAGAGGCUGCUAAGGAAUCUUUGAAGGAAGAAAUCAAAUCUUUAGAAAGUCGUGUGACCUCGAUACAGGAUGUGCUUGGAGAUCUGAAGGUCCAGUUGUACGCCAAAUUUGGGAACAACAUUAAUCUGGAAGCAGAUGAAAGCUAAACGCUUCAGUAUGCGGACUUGUUCACAAACGGACACCACCAGUUUCCUAUAUGGAACUUGCAACCAGAUCUAUUUAAAGUUUUCCAAUCACUAAUAAUUGCUCCAGUCUUGUAUUGGUUUGUUUUGUUUCUGCACUUGUAGCAUAGGAGGUGGAUUUGUUUGUUUUUACAGAGAGGCUGAUCAUGAGUACUCCCAGUACAGAGCAGUUAUGGCUGUUCAAAUAAAAAUGAUAUAUUCACUGAUGAAUAAACUUGUUUGGUUAUUUUUCUAGUA